CUCCAAGGUAGUCUGAAUUCAAUUUUAAAACAAAAACAAACAAGCCAACGACAGGGCAGUCUGGGAGCUGACUAUCUCUGUUUGCUGACUCAAGAGGGUAAUUUCCCCAACUGGCGGUCCACUCAGAGAUUAGGCAAAAUGGGAUGAGAUCAUUUGAUUACAAAAGAUUAGAUGUAACCUGAACUCUUUUAGCUGUAGUGACCACAGUGGACCUCCUUAGUUCUUCCGCCCUCUUCAGGGCUCCUGGCCUCUCCCUAAGUCUUUCUCCAGAUCUCACAGCACACCACCCACCUUCUCACACAGUGUCCUGCAAUAAGCGAGACCACGUCCGCUGGAGACAACGUCCGAUACACUAGAAGCGGCUGGCUAAGAGGACCGACCGGACCCUGCCCCCGCGCUGUAGUUCUAAGGGGGGAUAAACGCACCCAUCCCCAAAGAAGUAGAGGGAAGACAAUCUGGUCUCCAGUUGCAUCCACAUUCCUUCUUGUUCCCAGCCCAGUCUUUUGCCUACUAGUCUCUAGGUCCCGCCCCACUCGGGCACGUCAGUCCAGGGUCCAUGCACUUCAAUAGGUCGGUCUAGAUGCUCGUCUCACGUCCAGUGAUACGAUUGGUCAACUCUAGGAGCUCCCGCCCAGUUUUCCUGGAAAGUUCUUGGAAAUCUGUCAAAGGUGUUUCCUUUCUCGGUCCAAAGCACUAGACGCCUGCACCCCCGUUCCCCUCCGGGCCGCCGCAAAGCCCGCGGUUCUAGGAAGAUGAGGCUUCCGGGAAGGGCUGGGACGCAGCGGACAAAAGAUUAGGAGGCGCCUGGCCCCGCCCCACCGGCCCAGCCCGUCCCCCCUCGUCCUUCCAAGCUGUUCGCACCACAGCCUUUCAGUCCCUGCUCGCCGCCCGUGUGCCCCGGGACCCUGACCUUCGCACCCCUGGCACCCACUGGCUCCUUUCUCCUUCCAUCCCGCCGAACUCCGACUCUCUAGCCGCCGUUGUCUCUGGGACAUGGUCCUCUGCGUACAGGGAUCUUGUCCUUUGCUGGCUGUGGAGCAAAUUGGGCGGCGGCCUCUGUGGGCCCAGUCCCUGGAGCUGCCCGGGCCAGCCAUGCAGCCCUUACCCACUGGGGCAUUCCCAGAGGAAGUGACAGAGGAGACCCCUGUCCAGGCAGAGAAUGAACCGAAGGUGCUAGACCCUGAGGGGGAUCUGCUGUGCAUAGCCAAGACGUUCUCCUACCUUCGGGAAUCUGGGUGGUACUGGGGUUCCAUUACAGCCAGCGAGGCCCGGCAGCACCUACAGAAGAUGCCGGAGGGUACAUUCCUAGUUCGAGACAGCACCCACCCCAGCUACCUGUUCACGCUGUCAGUCAAAACCACCCGUGGCCCCACCAACGUGCGGAUCGAGUAUGCCGAUUCUAGCUUCCGGCUGGACUCUAACUGCUUGUCAAGACCUCGAAUCCUGGCCUUCCCAGACGUGGUCAGCCUUGUGCAGCACUAUGUGGCCUCCUGUGCGGCUGACACCCGGAGCGACAGCCCGGAUCCUGCUCCCACCCCAGCCCUGCCUAUGUCUAAGCAAGAUGCACCUAGUGACUCGGUGCUGCCUAUCCCCGUGGCUACUGCGGUGCACCUGAAACUGGUGCAGCCCUUUGUGCGCAGGAGCAGCGCCCGCAGCUUACAACAUUUGUGUCGGCUAGUCAUCAACCGUCUGGUGGCCGACGUGGACUGCCUACCCCUGCCCCGGCGUAUGGCCGACUACCUCCGACAGUACCCCUUCCAACUCUGACUGGGCCAGGCACCCAGCUCUGCCUCACACAGUCACGUCCUGGAGGGGACACAGGCCCCAGCUGGACUUGGGGUUCUGCUGUCCCUUCUUCAGUCAUCCUGGUGCCUGCAUGCAUGUAACAGCUGGACCAGAGAAUGCCAGCAAGAACAAGGCAGGUGGAGGAGGGGUUGUCACACAACUCUGAGGUCAACGCCUCUAGGUACCGUAUGGCUCUUUGUGGUGAGCCGUGUAUCAGAGCGAGACGGGCAGGACCUCGUCUCUCCACGGAGGCUGGACCUAGGUCUCCACUCACUUGCCUGCCCUUGCCACCUGAACUGUGUCUAUUCUCCCAGCCCUGGUUUCUCAGUCUGCUGAGUAGGGCAGGCCCCCUACCCAUGUAUAUAUAGAAUAGUGAGCCUGUUUCUGGGAGAAUAUCAGCCAGAGGUUGAUCAUGCCAAGGCCCCUUACAGGGACGCAGGCUUGGCUAGGGGACUACACAGUUAUACAGUAUUUAUUUAUUUAUUUUCCUUGCAGGGGUUGGGGGUGGAAUGAUGGCGUGAGCCAUCCCACUUCUCUGCCCUAUGCUCUGGGUGGUCCAGAGACCCCCCAGGUCUGGUUCUUCCCUGUGGAGACCCCCAUCCCGAAACAUUGUUGGGCCCAAAGUAGUCCUGAAUGUCCUGGGCCCAUCCACCUACAUAUGGAUGUGCCCACUCUACUCCCAAGCCUCUUUUGGGAGGCUGGGUGGCCAGACAGACAGGAGCCAGAAACACAAGGGCUCCCACUCUUCUCACAGGGCAGCACCAUGGCUUCAUAGAGCUGGCUUCUCUAUGUUGCGCCCCACCUCACCCCCCGCCGAGGGGCGUGUGCUGGGUCGGGAAGUGGAUGCUAGUCCAACGGUCGCAGAUGCAGCUCCCUUGUGUCCGUUUCCUGCCUAGGAAGUUGCCUGCACGUGAGAGAGGGAGAAAUACAUACACAUCUAACAAGACCUUAGAAAACAAGUAUUAGAACACAAGAACCAGUUUGGGAGUUUUUCUUCCACUGAUUUUUUUUUUCUGUAAUGAUAAUAAAAUUAUGCCUUCCACUUAUGAAGCCUUCAGUGGGGUGUCUGGA